AUGCCCUUCGGUCUGAAGAACGCUGGUGCGACAUACCAGCGCAUGAUGAACAAAGUAUUCCGAGCGGAGAUAGGCGAUAUGCUCAAAGUCUAUAUGGACGAUAUGAUCGUCAAAUCCCAAAGGGAAACCGAUCACGCCACUCACCUUAAAAAGGUUUUCGAGCAAGCCCGAAAGUGUAAAAUGAGAUUCAAUCCGGAAAAAUGCACAUUCGGCGUCUGUGCAGGAAAAUUCCUCGGAUUUUACUUAACAGAAAGAGGAAUCGAAGCCAACCGGGAUAAAUGCAAGGCUUUCUCGGAUUUUCCCACUCCAAAUUUGAAGAAGUCAAUCCAAACCUUGAACGGCAUGCUCACGUCACUAUCCAGGUUCGUGGUCAAAUCCGCGCAGCACGCCCUGCCACUAUUCAAACUCCUGCACAAAGAGACCGCAUUCGAAUGGACGGAAGAGUGCGAACGCGCCCUCUCCCACCUCAAGCGGGCCCUAUCCAGCCCGCCGGUUUUAUCUAGGCCGGAAGCUGGAGAAAUCUUGUACCUCUAUCUCGCCGUAUCCACUGAGGCCGUCAGCGCGGCCUUGAGACGAGAAAUCCCGGAAGGCCAAAAGCCCAUUUACUUCACCAGCAAAGCACUUCAGGGCCCCGAGGUCAGAUAUCAACAGAUCGAAAAGGUCGGACUCGCGUUAAUAACCGCAGCCCAAAGACUCAGACACUAUUUCCUAGCACAUACCAUAGUCGUGCGAACUGAGCAACCCGUGAAACAAUUACUUGCACUCCCCGACAUGGCCGGGAGAAUGCUCUGGUGGUCGUUGGAACUGGCGGAGUUCGACAUCAAAUAUGAAGGAAGAAAAGCCCUUAAAGCACAAGUCUUGGCAGAUUUUGUAGCCGAAAUGGCCUUCCCCGAAACAACAAACAACAAUGUCCGAAGAUGGACCUUAUACGUAGACGGUGCUUCAAGCUCAAACGGCAGCGGAGCGGGGAUCAUUCUUGAGAAUGGAGAAGGAACCCUCAUAGAGGUAUCCCUUUCACUAUCAUUCCCAACAUCCAACAACCAAGUAGAAUAUGAGGCCCUGCUAGCCGGGCUGCGCCUCGCAAAUGACUUAGAAGCCGAAGACAUUGAGGUAUUCACCGACUCUCAACUAGUCGCAUCCCACAUCUCGGGCGAGUAUCAGGUCAAAAGCGAAACCCUCGCGGAAUACUUGGCCCUCAUGAAAGAAAGACUGGCCCGAUUCAGGAGUGCCAAAGUAAAACACAUCCCAAGGGAACACAACACUCGGGCAGACGUCCUAUCAAAACUGGCGAGCAUAAGAAAGAAGGGAGGUAACAAAUCCGUAAUCCAUGAGAUAUUGCCAAAACCCAGUACCGAGACCCCAUCCUCACUAUCACUCGUAAGCGCAAUUGGGGACACGUCCGGUUGGAUGACCCCCGUAUACAAUUACCUAACAAAUGACAUUUUGCCCACUGAUCCAAAAGAGGCCUCCACCAUCCGAAGGAGAGCCUGCUCGUACGCCUUAGUCGAAAAUUGCCUCUACCGACGAGGAUUUUCCAUACCUCUCCUCAAAUGUAUAGACGAGGGCACAGUUCCCCACAUACUCCAAGAGAUACACGAAGGAAUCAACUCCCAACAUCUAGGGGGAAGAUCACUCGCUCAAAAAGCCCUCCGAGCAGGCUACUAUUGGCCAACGAUGCAAGACGAUGCCAAAGAAUACGUGAAGAAAUGCGACAAAUGCCAACGUUUCGGGGACAUGCACCUCGCACCCCCCAACGAACUUAAGUCCUUAUCAUCUCCCUGGUCGUUCGCAUGGUGGGGGAUCGAUCUCCUCGGUCCAUUCGUGACCGGAAGCAAUCAAAACAAGUACCUAAUAGUUGCGGUCGACUAUUUCACCAUGUGGAUCGAGGCCGAGCCAUUGGCCAAAAUCACAUCCUUGAACGUACUCCGCUUCUACGAAAGAAACAUCCUCGCCCGAUUCAGGCUACCCUUGGCCAUCAUCACUGACAACGGCACCCAGUUCACAGACGGAUGCUUCCAAGAGUUCAUCACAAAAUUGGGAACAAAGCAACAUUUCGCGUCGGUCGAACACCCACAAACGAACGGGCAAGAAGAGGCCGCUAAUAGAGUAAUCUUGAGGGGCCUCAAAAGAAGACUAGACGAGAUAAAAAAGGGAUGGGUAGAAGAGCUGCACAGCAUUCUUUGGGCCUAUCGCACCACCCCACACUCCACCACCGGGGAAACCCCCUUCCGACUGACGUACGGAAUGGAGGCCGUGAUCCCCGUCGAAAUACAUGUGCCAUCGAGACGCAUCAAAAAGCCACUCGAGAUAGAGGGCAACAUCGAGGCGAUUAGGGAAGAACUCGACCUGGUCGAGGAAAUUCGCAUCGGGGUCGCUCUACGCGAAGCUUUACUCAAGCAAAAAAUUGCCCUAAGACAUGACGCGAAGGUUAUUAAACGAGAAUUUAAAUUAGACAGCUUGGUGCUAAAAAGAAACCACAAAGAUUCCAAAGAAGGCAAACUGGCCGCGAAUUGGGAAGGCCCUUAUCGCAUCCGAGCAAGGACAGAAAACGGGGCCUACUAUCUAGAUAAUUUGCAAGGAGAAGAACUCGCUCUACCUUGGAACGCUGAAAAACUUAAACAAUACUACAGUUAA